CGCCCCCGCAGAGGCAGGAAUGACAGCGUCUCUUUCCGGUUCCGGCAGUGCCCGGAGCCGGGUCGAGAUGGAGGAAGAUGCGACCCGAGGCCCGGAGUCGCCGGGAACAGAGGCUAGCGUGGGGGCUGCAGCCUAGAGAUCCGAACUUGGAGUUCGCCCCAGACGCGGCGGAACCGCCCUGAUUUGAGAAGCCCCCAGGUCUGCAGGCACGAUGGAGGACAAACGCAACAUCCAGAUCAUCGAGUGGGAGCACCUGGACAAGAAGAAGUUCUAUGUGUUUGGCGUGGCGAUGACAAUGAUGAUCCGCGUCAGCGUCUACCCAUUCACCCUCAUCCGCACUCGGUUGCAGGUUCAGAAGGGCAAGAGCCUCUACCAUGGGACCUUUGAUGCCUUCAUCAAGAUUCUGCGAGCAGACGGGGUAACCGGCCUCUACCGGGGGUUCCUGGUCAACACCUUCACCCUCAUCUCUGGCCAAUGCUACGUCACCACCUAUGAGCUCACCCGGAAGUUUGUAGCUGACUAUAGCCAGAGCAACACAGUCAAAUCGCUGGUGGCUGGUGGCUCGGCCUCUCUCGUGGCUCAGAGCAUCACAGUGCCCAUCGAUGUGGUCUCCCAGCACCUGAUGAUGCAGCGAAAGGGUGACAAAAUGGGUCGUUUCCAAGUGCGUGGGAACACAGAGGGACGUGGGGUAAUUGCCUUUGGCCAAACCAAGGAUAUCAUCAGGCAGAUCCUGCAGGCUGAUGGGCUUCGAGGCUUCUAUAGAGGUUACGUGGCUUCCCUGCUUACGUACAUCCCAAACAGUGCUGUCUGGUGGCCCUUCUAUCACUUCUACGCAGAACAGCUCUCCCACCUCUGUCCUAAGGAGUGUCCUCACAUUGUCUUUCAAGCCAUCUCCGGGCCCUUGGCCGCAGCCACUGCUUCCAUCCUCACCAAUCCCAUGGAUGUGAUCCGAACCCGAGUGCAGGUUGAAGGCAAGAACUCCAUCAUCCUGACUUUCAGACAGCUGAUGGCAGAAGAGGGUCCUUGGGGCCUCAUGAAGGGCCUGUCAGCCAGAAUCAUCUCAGCGACGCCCUCCACCAUUGUCAUUGUGGUGGGCUACGAGAGCCUCAAGAAACUCAGCCUUCGACCUGAGCUGGUGGACUCAAGGCACUGGUAACAAUGAUAGGGAGAAGCCUGCUGCUUCCCAACACUACCUGGGUCAGGGGUGGAGUGGGGAGGAGAGAAUCCUCUCCAAGUGCCCCCACCACUGACCUAGCCCUGUCCGGGGCAGGUGGCCUGUCUGGGACCGGGACAGAGACUUUGAACUGCUCUUAUGGAAGAGGUUCCAUACCUGGAUUCCCUGCCUUCAUUAUUUUUAAUUCUCUUGCCAAACUGGGCUCCCUCACUUAGUCCUGCCCUAAGGAAACCCACCCUCACCCCAGUCCCACUCCACCUGCCCUCUUCACACUUCUGGCUUCUGCCCCCACCUGUAUCCCUCAGAUCCUGAAAAGAGCUGUAUAUAGAGCUUGCUGACUACUGCUAGUUUUUCCUCUGGGGCUCCCAGCCUACUUUCCAAGCAGCCCACCCUGCUUCGUCUCUUAGGCUUGCUCAUUUUUAUUUUGGGACUGAAAUGCCCAUCAGACUACUAUGCUUGUCCCUGCCACUGGAGGCAAGGUGCCAGACACUUUUGCAUAGGGAAUAAGAGAAGCAUAAACUUCUGGUUCUCUGGAACACUAGUCUUCCUUUGGAGAGUUACUAGGUUGGGGAGAAAUGUGGGUACUUUAUUUUGUGGAUUUUUUUAACACAUGUGAAUUAGGCUACUUGUCUUACUCCUGCUAAAACGCCAGUCCUGCAGUCAGAGCCCACCUGUCCCCCGUACAUGUGGAAAACUGUAAUAUAGCUCUUCCCUCAAUCCCUCUUCCCCGUCCCUUCCAUUUUCCCUUUAGCCCCGGCAACCCCAGGACAAUAUAAGCUGUUAGUUUCCCCUGGCCCAGGUGAUAAGAGUGGUAGGCACAGGCUGGCAGCACACUGGACAUGGAGCACAGCCCUGAAAAGUCAGGUCAAGGGUAGUUGGAUUGGAAAAUGCCAAGAGAAUAUGUGCAACUCCCCAGGCCACAGCCUAGUAGGCGAGGGCGUGGAGGUUCUCGGCCCAGCCACUUGACAUACACAAUCACUUGGACUCCUGGAAACAUGUUGUUUCACAAUGGGAAUCCCUGAAAUGUGGAACUGUCUGUGUUUUUCUUCUCCCCACUGUGAAGAGCCAUCCCAGUCACAGUACCCUCUGGAGGGAUGCUGGAAGAAUAAAGAGCAGAUUGGGAAGUCACCCAAGACCAAGACCACUGCAUUUACCAGCCUGAUACUGCCGAGAUUAUCUGUCAAAGCUCUCAGGAUUGAGAUGAUAAGAGCUCCUUCUUCCCAUUCUCAUCCUCCCUGCUACUCCCCACCUCCUCCUCCAAGUGUGGGUCACAGGAGAGAGGUGCAGUAAAUGGAAUGAGAAGGGGCAUGUCAAACUCUGCAUUUCUACUUGAGACAUUUGGCCUAGAUGAGCCUUCAAACUUUAUUGGUCCCACCCCUGGGAAAGGCCAUGGUGCCAAUUUGAAAGGUGCUAGCUACCUGAUGCCUUGAUGUUUCUUAAGGCGACCCCAAUUCUGUCACCUGCCAGAUCAGAAGCUGAAACACAUGUUACUCUACCUUCACCACCCCGCUGCCUGUCUUGGUCCCUUAUCUUUGAGGAGUAUUUUCCCUUUAAUUUAUCUUGAUUUUUAAAUUCUAUUUGUCCCUUGCAUUUUAAGAGCCCUCCAAUUUCUAUUCACAAAUGAUCAUCCAAAGUUUGGACCCUUGGACCAUUCUGAAUCUUCCCUGCCCCUCAGUCAUCCCUUAACCCUAAGAAUCACGAUAUAAUGGAAGCCAGGGGUCCCUCCUUCCUUGUUAAGCUUAUCUAAUGAGACUUUGGAGAACGAUUUCUUCAGCUCCAUACUUUCCCUUCCUAGAAGCGUGUCUAGUCCUUCCUCAUAGUGGCGAAGAGGGUGAAGUGUCAGACCAGGAGCUAGUCCCCACCUCUCAUGUGUUAGGGUUUUCUUCCCUUCCAGACUCCUUUCCUUCUGUUUUAUUUUCUUGUACAGUAUUAAAUAGCCUCUCCCCUACCCCCUAUACACAGUUUUAAAGGACGAUGUGUAAAUAAUGAAAGGGACUCCUGACCCUUCCUUCCUAUCUAAUAGUUUAGGGAGUCGGCUUGGGUUUGAUUAAAGUGUCUUGGCAGGGUUGGGGCAGUGGGCUUCCUUCUUCCCAGGACCUCAGAUUGGACAGCUGGGAAUUUGCGAUGUAUUGGCUCCAAGCCACAACAGGAAGAAACUUCUGGGAAGCCGGGCAGCCAGGGAAACCUGGAAUUGUAGAGGGACAGGGGAAUGAAAAUGCAGCUGUAGUAAACAUUUGAUAAAGUGGACUCUUGUGAAAAUUAACAGCAAACAUUCACUACUGCACUGUAAGAAGUCUUUGAAAUGUAAUUAAAAAUUUUUAUUGAGCCCUAAGCUUUGGCCUGCGCUCUUUUCGC